AUGGAUAAAGUGGUCGAUGUUUUAUCGGAAGUUCGGGCGAAACUGCCAAGAGCCCUUACUGAGAUUCAAGUUCCCUCUUACAGAGACAUUCCUAAAAAGCUCAAGGAAGCUCCUCUCUGGGUCAAGAUAUCCCUCGGAACAUCUGCUGUGUCUUACUGUUACAUUCGAUACAAAUGGACGGCAAUGAACGACUGGGGAGUUCCCGUCUUGACCCCUUCGCUCCUCACAUUUGGAACAGCGGGCCACUACGCCGUCGACAACGGUUUCAACGAACUGGCUGACAAAGAGCUCAAGGACAAGAAUCGUAAAACCGUCGGUUACUAUCGACUUACGUCUCCUGUCAUUUUCACUGUUGAUCACGAACUCAUCAAUGCUGUUUUUACGACACACUUUGGUUCAUUCUCUGCCAGACAACCUGACAUGGGAUCUUUUGGCGUCGGAAAAGAGCUCAAACACACUUUGGAUAUUCUGACUUGUCCGGUCCAAUGGAGACGAGUUCGCCAAUCCAUUUCGCCAAGUUUCUCAAACGUCCAGCUUGAGAAAAUGAUGUCAGUAACCAAAGCUCGUCUCGAUAUCCUUUGUGAUCAGAUCAGAAAUCUUAAUGGAGAAAAAAUCAAUGUCAAAGGAGUGACCGGCAAAUAUACUAUGGAUGGUUUUCUCGCUGGAGCAAUGGGUGUUGAUUUGGAACUUGAAGAUCUUCGAGACUUCACAAAGUCGAAAGAGUACAUGUAUUUUCAUGAAAUCUUUAACCCAGGCGCGCAAAUUUUCUUGACUGUUUUUAUUCCUGGAUUCGGGGAUCUUUUGGACAGUCUUGAGAUCCCGAUCUAUGCCACUGAAGCUGUCAGGUGGUUCACUGGCUAUUGCAAGGCCAUGCUCAACGCUGAUACUCCCCAGACAGACCGUCGAAACUUCUUGGAAAUCUUCAAGAAAUUGAAGAUCACUGACGAAGAAGCAAAGGCGGCGACAAAGGGACUCACACACGAUGAAAUUAUCAGUCAAAUCUUCGUUCUCUUUGCUGCCGGAUUCGAAACAACCGCUACGCUGCUUCAAUUCGCGAUUUACGAAAUCUGCAAAAACGCUGAUCUCCAAGAACGACUGGUCGAAGAGAUCAGUGGGGUCGGCGAAGAUUAUAGCAAUUUUAACUCGAAGAAACUCCCGCUUCUCUGCGCUACACUCAACGAAACUUUGCGUCUCUAUGCACCCGCUGGGGUUCAUCUUCGAUACUGCAACAAUGAUGUGGUUAUCAACGGAAUCCCCUUCUCAAAGGGCAGCAAUGUAGAAGUACCAGUCGAUGCCUUGCACGAGAACACAGAAUACUGGGGAGCCGAUGCCUGCGAUUUCAAUCCCGAUCGCUGGAUAUCGAACCCUGACUACGAAAAAGCUCCCUUUUUCCUGCCCUUUGGAGCUGGGCCAAGAAACUGUGUUGGAAUGCGAUUUGCCAAUAUGCAAGCGCGCCUUGGAUUGAUGCGAAUUCUCAAGACAUUCAAGCUGGAAUUCCCUAAAGAUUUUGUCCCUGACGUCAAACGAACUCGGCUCACUACGUUCCUCCUUGCUCCAAGCAAGGACAUCGAUGUUUGCUUCCUCCCUCGCGAGUACAUUAACUAG